UAAGUACGCCGAUAAUACGGAGUCCCAUGCUACUUAGCAUAAUUAGGCUAUUGAAGUUCAGACUUGUUGCGAGAAAACGUGAAAAACAAAAACAAGUUUUCCCAGCUUUACAGCAUCCCUCGCUACCAAUUACAAGAAUGAAUAUUCGUAAUGGAAAGCCCGAAGAUCUGAUGAAUAUGCAGCAUUGUAAUUUACUGUGUCUACCUGAAAAUUAUCAGAUGAAAUACUACUUCUAUCAUGGCUUAUCCUGGCCACAGCUUUCAUAUGUUGCUGAGGACGAGUGUGGGAAAAUUGUUGGAUAUGUAUUAGCUAAAAUGGAGGAAGAUCCAGAAGAUUCUGUUCCACAUGGCCACAUAACCUCGCUGGCUGUGAAAAGGUCAUACAGAAGGCUUGGUUUAGCUAAAAAGUUGAUGGAUCAGGCGUCUCGAGCCAUGGUGGAAUGUUUUGAUGCGAGAUAUGUCUCAUUGCACGUGCGGAAAAGUAACAGAGCAGCGUUACAUCUAUAUACAGAAACAUUGAGAUUUCAAAUAAGUGAAAUUGAGCCGAAGUAUUACGCAGAUGGUGAAGAUGCCUAUGCCAUGAGAAGAGAUCUAGCAGAAUUUAAAGUUACUGAAAAGGAGAAAGAGACAUGUGCUAUGGCUAUGGAGCAAGCAAGGAAAGCUGAAAUAUCAACUGUAGCAUCUAAUCUAGAGAAAGUGACAGUCUCCUGAUAGCAUGUAAACUUGUGAUAGGACAGAUUUUAAUUACAAAUAUACUGUAAACAUCGGCUUGAAGAAAAUGACUUAAUUUUAAGACAAUUUUGUAAGAAAAAAAAUUUUUGUCUGAUGCAACAAAAUGUUUCAGUGUUUGGAGAAUUGUGACAAUUAUUCAUUGCUAUCAACAUUAUUUCAAAGAAAUGUGACUAAAAUUUUAGAUAUUUAUGUUAAUAGAAAAUUGCACCUUUUAUACUGCAAAAUGUUGCAGUGCUUGGAGAAUUGCAACAUUGACAUUUCUAAAAUUAAUGGGCUAAAUUUUAUAAAUAUCUUUGAUUUUGAAAAAAAAAUCACAAAUAUGCCAAAAAAUAUUGGCUAGUUUGUGGAAACAAAGAUUUGGUUCUCGACUUAAGAUUAUUUAUUGAAAAUCACACAAAAUUGAACGAAAAUCAGCAAGACACGCUCUCAG